AUGACGGUGGAGUUCUACUUGGAUUCGGCGCUGGUUUGUUGGUGGGCGCCAGGUUGUCAAGCGAUUUCCGCUGUUCCGGAAAUUCGUACUGCAAAGGAACAGCCUGUGAUCGACACACAUCUAAAGAGGGAAGCUGACAAUGGCGAAAGGAUUUUCGCUGAUAUACCGUGGUCGGAAAGAUCGCGCAAAAAUACACCUCAUCCUACAAACUCAACCAACAAACAUACAAAUGACUGCAGUUUGAUCAUCUUGGGUGUUCCGGAACCCAACAAAACGUCAGAUAAAAUAGCGCAAAACACACACGACUACUUGCAGUGGCAAUUUCUAUGCAGUACACUUGAAGUUGAAAACGCGGCCGUGGUUGAUACUUAUCGGAUUCCGAAAUCACCAAAAUAUUUGGGUACCGGCCCGAGGCCCCUGAAACUCACACUACUUCGUGGUGAUAUGCUAAACUUAAUCCAAGCACAAUGGCAACGUCACAGGAACUUACUCCCUAGGGAGUUAAGGAUAAACACAUCCAUGCGGAACAAUAUACCCACAGAAGAGACCAAGGUUAAUGAAGAUGAAGCCGUAGGUGAAACUUCAAAAAACGACCAGCUGCCGACUCUGCCAGGGUCGGCACAAUUAUAA